ACAGCCGACAGAUCCAGGUACGAACGUGCUGACAGUGGACGAAUGUUGACUUGUCUUUCUUUCUCCAGAAGACGUCCUGGUAAUUUCUGUUGACGGACUUUGCCCGACCAUGUGGGCCGGACACGUUCGAGAACCUCGUUGCGGGUCUCGGGUGUACUUCCAAUGUUUGAGCACAUCGUUGGUGAGAAACAGCGUGCAAAGACUAGACCACUCCUCCUCCUCCUCCUGGGACGGACAGAUCUGAGCCUCCGGCAAGGUCAAUUCGCGGCGUCUGCCGAUAUUCUCGGGGACCCGACGGGGCAAAAUGUUUGGCGGCCCACUCCCUCAUCCAGUGGGGCCGCCUCCACGGUCAUCGAUGAAAAGAGGCAUUUAUUCGAUCUUAUCAUCUACCGCAGUACUAUCGUUGCUUAUGAUCGGAAAGCUCCUGCCCAAAGAAAAACAUUGCCUAGUCGAAUUCAGCAACACUACCAACGCUUUUGCGGUCGAAAUGGGUAUAGAUCUCCUGAAGCUGUAAAAUAUAGACGCAGGGGCGCUCCAAAAAGAAGAGUCGAACAAUUGAGAGAUAGAAAGAAAAAGAAGGGGGGAAAGAAAAGAAACCCAGAACCGGGGAAAAGAAAAUGAGAACCACCAAGAGCAGAUAUGAAAAGAAGUGGAUAUGGGGUGAUUGACAUGCCGUCUCCCAAUUGUAUGUCCUAUGGGCCAUUCAAGGGUUUCAUAUCUGACCCUUGAUGUCGACAAUCCGAUGAGCAUCAGCCUUGGCGGUCUCG